AUGGACAAUCUAAAAUUGCUUCCUAACACCACUCAAUCACCCAAAUUGAUAUCUACUGUGGAUCGAAUACCGGAACCUGUGGAACCGGUCUCAAUGGCGCUUACACUGUACUAUCGGGCAGUGGAAGUCGAUCGGUGUUUCUACGCGAAUCAACACGUGUAUCCUUAUACCUGUCUGGCUAGUUGUCUUUACCGUCACGGAGACAAUCGGGGAGCGUUGCGAUACUGGUCUGAAGCGGCUCGUGUGAUGGGACAUUACAACCACAGCUCUGAGGAUUGGGAGAUUUACCGAGAACUACUUGAGGUGGCAACUCAACUGAUGCCUCAUAUGUUCCGUUAUGCCGCCGAGGCUUCCAGGUCCUGUUCCGAGGGUGCUGUUGACACUGAUCCUGAUGGUUGUUUGUAUCAACCGGAAAAUAUUUUGGACGAUCCUCAGUGUUUGGCCUACCUACUGGCAUUUUACGACAAUUUAUGUCUCUGGGAGGAGGGAUCUCCGGUUCCUGUACUUCAUGUGGGCUGGGUAGAUAAACUGAUGGUCAACUUGACACGCUUUUCUCAACGUGCACGGCGCCUUUUACGUCUCUCAGCUGAUCUUUCCCGAUUUGAUGGACAUACUCCGGAGUGCGUACCGGAAAUCAGCGAGCCCAUCAGUUGCCCCGAAAUCGGACCUCCGAGCAAGCGUGUCCGGCGUCAUUCACGCUCGGUUGUUGUUGGUCGAGAUGAGUUGCAUCACCACCACCACCAACAACCAGUACAGUCGUCUACCGGCGCGACACUACCUAUCCCCACAGACUCCCUGGAUUUGAAGAAUGUCCUAAAGUUCAGUUGUCCUGUUUCAACCAAACAAAAGCCCGAAAACCUAGAAAAUCUUGAUACUGCUGUCGAUGGUACUGCUUCUCCUGCCGCUCAAUCGCUCUCGAAAUCAGGAUCCCGAACACCACUGAGUGCCAUUACGCCUCUGGUUGAAUCUUUGACCGUGAAUCCUAACGCUAGUAUUGCAUUCCUCUGGGGCCUGGAGCGGGAUGUGCCGUUUUUACCGGCCAAUGUGGCUCCCGAGGAGGCAUUCACCAAACUGCUCUCAGCUUUGGAGCCCGAUUCUUCAAGUCUGUUUCCAACACCUCCGAAUUCCGGUGGUUUAUAUGAGCCUGUGACAGAUAAAUUGACAGAAGAUAACAUUGCGCGUCCAAAUCUCAUCGGGAAGUCACUUUCAGAUGUGGAGGAAUUUCCUAACGCUGAUUUUGUUCUCUCCACAGAAUGUGCUGAGGGCCAAGCAUCGGAGCAUUCUUCCGAUAUUCCAUUAUUCCCGGAUUGUUUGGAUUCCAUGGAGGGCACCGAGAAUAUGGUCACAUUAGAUGAACUCUCAGACGAAUUCCUUCAGUCAGUGAAUGACUUGGUUCAGAGCGCGCGUUCAACGGGUUUCGCUUCAUCCGACGCAUGCGAACCUUCCAGUCCGGUUCUUGAAUCCGCAGUCAGCGAACAGUGUUCCGCGUCGGUAGAGAGCCGAAUCCGUCCAAAGAGACCUCGAACGAUGGAAGAGCUCAUGGUUGAUCUAGUUCUGAGUUCCAUCAAGAUGGUAUCCAUCAUUGAACUGUUACGUGCCCCACGUUUGAAUUCCUCAGCAAUCAAAUUGGCUUUGACGGCUCAGAGCCAAGUUUGUUUGCGUCGUACUGGACUGUGUCCAGCGAACGGUGUGUAG